AUGGAGGGCGCCAAGAUGGGGCCCCUAGGAGCAGUGGCAGGCGCCUUCUUCGCCCGAGCGAUGGGCCUCUCCCGAGGGCGUGCCUUGGUGGCUGCGCACGGUCAGGGCGGCUCCCUGCAGCAGCGCUUGCAGCGCUUGGGCACCGCGGCGCGUGCCGAGCGGGAGCGCGUGUUGGAGGAGGUCGCCGCGCUUCAAAUUCGGCCAAGCUCCGGCAGUGCGAGCUUGCCACUCUGGCAACUGGCAGAGCUCAGCUGGGCCGCAUACGCUGAGGCGGAAGUGGAUGGUUUCCGGCGUGACUUGUCGGGCCUUCGUGAUCCGGAAGAGGAGGUGGAGGCGCAGAUGUCCAUCUUCCUCCGCCGUGGUGGUUCUGGGUCCGCGGACCUGGCGGUGAUGGUGAUCCGCGGCACGGCAGACCGGCAUGACACGAAACGCGACUGGCACUCCGUGGUCUUGGGCGUCUACCCGGGCGCAUUCGUGUUGACUGCCGCGGAAGUUGUCAGGAUGUAUCAAGAGCAGGGCUGUGAAGUGAUGGUCACUGGACACUCCUUGGGUGGAUACUUUGCAGAGGUCCUUUCAACGACCUUAGGUCUUCCUGGCUGCGCCUUUGCUGCGCCGGGCCCCGGAAGUCAUUUGGGCCCCUUAGAGGUGCCUGGCUUUCUGGUGGUGAACCACGAGGCGGACUGCAUUGGGAACCAUAACUGUGACCUGCACAUGCAACCGCCCGUCUAUCUCUUGGAUGACGGCGUGCUUCUCCUGCCCUGGACUGCGCACCGCAUGGACCGCAUGCUGCAGUCCAUGAAGAAGCGACAGGACUGGACGAAUCUCACGGCGCGGCAGCUCUGCGCCGCGGAGCCGGAACCGUCAAUCCCCCGACCUAAGUCAGACUGGAAGUUCGCCCCAGCCGCGAGGGUCCGGGAUGGUCCCCAGCGCUUCUUUCGAUGGAGAAUCCAACUUCCCAGGGCAAGCAGUCGAAGCCGUGAGCAGAAGCCUCACGCACUCUUCGAGCCCCCCCGAGUGGAGACCGGCCUGAUGAGACGUGGGGACGUCCCCACGGCGGACCUUUUUGGAGACCGGAGACAGUCUCUGGGCAAGCUGCUGUGUUCGUCGGGCUCUCGGGCGCUGGGCGGCAUUGGGCGGCACCGGGGGCACGGCAUGACGUGCGGGCAGGACACCUAUUGGUAUGCUGACUGGGGAGAGGUAGUUUGCAGUGUUUCCUUGUAUUCGGCCUUGAAACACUCUGCAGAAGCAGAACCCAGUUAUUCAGAGCUGUUCUUGCAAGAGUACAGACAGGCGGAGGACGAUGAGUGUGGGCAGGGAAGCUGUGCAUUCUCGGCCCUACAAGACCGUGCGCGGAGAGAAGUGAAGGAGGAGCUGAACUUCACGACCCCUUUCCGGAUGCUAAAGAACUCUUUGAGUGGCAGGUGUUUGGCCAUCGCUGGUCCAGGGGUCGUGGGCGACACUCUGAUGUUGCUGGACUGCGGCUCGGCGAUCCAAAGGAUCCAAGACUUCCGUCUGGCCCAGGGGCACUUGGUCACGCUGGGGGAGGGCGAAAAGCCUCUCUGCGUGAUCUUGGAAGGCACCGCCAGCAAGUUGGAGGAGUGUGACAAGGACCAAGGACACUGGACCUUUGAGAAGUCCUACUUCCGCAGCUACGGGUGGCUGAAGCGAGGCAAGCAGUGUUUGGGUGUGCAGGGCACCAUGAGCAAAGAUGCGGGCUCUUUGGUUGUGGCUGAAAGUUGCAGCUACAUGCCUUUGGCAGCCCGGGUGCCAAGCUACCAAGAGACGAUGCAAGGAUCAGAAGUGGUACUGGACCGACAACUUGGAGUGAGUGAAUCGGUUGGUAUCGCGGAGCAGAUCGAGCUGUCGCACGCAGAGACAGAUUCCCUGUCACCUCGUCCGAUGGAUGCAGAGGUCAAGCCGAUUUGGGCGAAGCCCAGGCCUCCCAGCCGUUCGGUGGAGACGGCAGGUGUGUUGACCGAGCUCGAGGUCACUGAGGCAGAAGAGGAUGCUGGAACCGAGUUGGGCUCGGCCGGCUCGGAGGAGGUUCCAGUGGGGUCCAAGACGGAGAGCGAGAAGGUGCAUUUGCCCAUCCCCGGACAGGUCGAGGAAGAGCCGGUCGUGGAGUCAAUGCCGAGUUCCUCCUCGAGAGAUGGAAGCAAGCAAACUCCAACCAGGCUUGGUGUACCCUCAGGACUCUUCAAAGAGUUUCGGGCCAAGAUCAAAAAGAGCCGCACCAAUACUGUCUUUCGGAAGCCUACAGCACAGUUCUCCUCAACCAAGACGACGGCCUUCCUCGCGCGCUCCUCGACGCUGGCUCGGAACUCCAUCACCGACCUGCCCAGCGAGAGCUCGGGGAUUUGGGGUUUGAAGCACGGCCUCGAGAAGAUGGUCAACUCGCCCGUCUUCGAGUUGGUCUUCGCCGUGAUCAUCUUCAUGAACACCAUUCUCAUGUCCGUGCAGGUGCAGUACCGAGGGCUCAACGUGGGGUUCACUCUGCAGUACCCUGGUGUCUCUAUACCUGCUGAGGAAUCAUGGCCGAAUGCCGAAGAGAUCUUCUUCGGUCUGGAGAUGUGUUUCGGAGUCAUUUUCACCUGUGAGAUUUUGGUGAAGAUCAUCGCGUUGGACCUUCGAUUUGUCUAUGAUCCUUGGAACAUCCUUGACUUUCUGAUUGUCCUGGCAUGGUUUGUCGACACCAUCUCGCAAGGUUUGCUGCCUUUGGACCCGUUACUGCUGCGGCUCUUGAGACUCAUGAAGCUGUUCCGUAUGCUGCGACUGGUGAGGACCAUCCAGGGCUUCGACUCUUUGUAUGUGAUGAUUACGGCCAUCCGCGGCAGCGUGGCCGCGCUCUUCUGGAGCACCAUGCUUUUGGUUCUGGUCCUCACCACGGUCUCCCUCUUCCUUCAGACCAUGCUGGAAUAUUAUAUCACUGGCAGUGAAGAGGAAUUCCGACGGCUCGAGGUCUAUCACUACUUCGGUACCUUCAGCCGCUCGAUGGUGUCCCUCUGCGAGAUGACCUUGGCCAAUUGGCCUACACCUUCACGCGUGCUCACCGAGAACGUGAGCGAAGUUUGGAUCUUCUUCGUUCUCAGCUUCCAGCUGUUGGUGGGCUUUUCUGUCAUGAAGGUGAUCAUGGGUGUUUUCCUGCAGAACACGUUCAACGUGGCCAGCAAUGACGACGUCAUCAUGAUGAGCCAGAAAGAGAGGGCAGUGAAGGUCCACACCAAGAAGAUGGAGGCGCUCUUCGACGCCGCGGACGAGAACGGCAACGGCCGGCUCGACGAGGAGGAGUUCGACAGCAUCAUCCAAGACCCGGCCUGUGUCGCCUGGUUGAGCGCCAUGGGCUUGGAAGCUUCUCUCAUGUCCGGCAAGGACCUCUACAAGCUCCUCUGUGCGGAAGGCACCUCGGACCUCUCAGCCGUGGAGCUUUGCAACGGCGUGGCGUCGCUGAAGGGCAACGCCACCAGCUUAAAUAUGGCCUUGUUGCAGAAGGAUCAACUGAAGAUCAAGGAGCUCAUGGAUGCGAUGUGUAUGUCCAUGGUGAAGCUACAAGGUCGCUUGCAGUACUCUCACAAGAAGGAUCAAGGAGGCGAUUCCUCGUCGAGCGGCAGCGACUCCGACGACAGCUCCGACAGCUUCGGCGAGGAGGACGCCGACGCCCCGAUCAGUACGACGCGCUCGGGGAAGCUGGUCACGCAAGCGUCCCAAGGCGCAGAACGUCGCGGAAGCCUGAAUGCCUGGAUGCGCCAACGGGCGGCACAUCGAGGUGUUGCCACAAAGAGAGCCACUGCAGUGGGUGCUGUGUCGCAAGCGCUCUUCAACAAGGAGAACGAGGAGCUCAUGCCAGAAGCGCGAUGGGUCUCGGGGAUGAGGCUGCGCGCGCGACUGGCCAAGUUGGUCUUGAGUUUUCCCUUCGAGGUGGCCUUUGGCGCGUUGAUUUGUGCCAACACGUGCGUCAUGGCCUUUCAGUCGGAGUAUAGCGGCUUGAAGACCGGCUAUGAACAAGGACCUGCAUUUGGCAUUGACCGACCAGCAAAUGAGAUUUGGCCUGGUGCAGAGCUGGCCUUUGACAUUUUGGAGUAUUUCUUUGGGAUCUUAUUCACUGUGGAAAUUGUCCUCAAGGUGGGCGUACUGUACCACCAUUUCUUCAAGGACCUUUGGAAUCUGAUGGACUUUGCAGUAGUGGCGGAGCUUCGGCCGCAGAAUGUGAUCCUGAAUUUCUUUCCUGCGAGGCCAAGUGGCAAAACCUGACUCCUACUGGAUUGGUGACAGAAUGGGC